AUGGAAGUUGACGAGAAUCGUAUUGAAGAUGUGCUGCUAGUUGAAGACAGUUCCGAAUUUAAAUUAGGAGAUGAGCUGAAAGAUCUAGAGACUGUUCGCGUCGGAAUUCCAAACUGUUCGAUAGAGGAAGAGUCUUUACCACCCUGUCCAGCAUCGUCGAACAAACCUGACGAUGCUUCAGGUAAGCACAGGGAGAAUUUUAGAACCGAUCAAGCAGAUAUCGGUGACGUAUCGUUCGUGAACGACGAGGAGAACCGCCGAAAGAGGGUCGAGAGGGCCAAGCGGUUCGGCUUGGAUAGUCCUUACGAGGAGGACAAUGAGGCCGAUCGCUUGCCGGUCAGCUUCGAAGAUAUACGGAAGGUGUACACGUAUUUCGACGUCGACCCAGACAACCCGGUCCAUAAGGCGAAAUACCGAUUCGACGCGCUGUUCGUCUACGGCCUAUCCGAGAUGUCAACGGAGGAAGUAGCUGACUUCUUUAAAGACGAUCGCCCAAACGCCAUCGAAUGGAUCAACGAUCAGUCAUGUAUUAUCGCAUGGAACAGCACCGUCGAUGCAGUCAGGUGUCUACUCAGUAAGAGUUACUUUGUCUAA